AUGAAUAAAUAUAAAGAAUUGGAACACAAAGCAGCAGGUCAUGAUGGCACACUUACAGAUGAUGAAGGUCUCUUAGUCUUCAAACCUGCCUUAACGCAAGAAAUAGAUUUCUAUAAAGCUGUUCAUCAACUAUCUACUGCUAGUAACGCGGAUGAUAGUUUUUCAAAUGGUGAUGUUCCAUUGUAUUCAUGGAUGCCAACUUUCUUGGGUGUAUUAGAUGAAGGUACUACUACUACCACCACGGAGUCAGAUGGAGCUGCGGUACCACAGUAUGUCUUGGAAGAUCCUCAUAUGGACAGUACAAUUUUGAAACAAGUGGUAGAAGAUACAGAUAAAAUUACCUUGAAUAAGAAAAAAUAUAUCGUUUUGGAAAAUUUACUUCAUGGGUUUAAAAAACCAAAUGUCUUAGAUAUCAAAUUAGGGAAAAUAUUAUAUGAUGAAAAUGCUACUGCUGACAAAAGACAACGUUUGACUAUGGUUAGUAAUACUACCACUUCUAGUACGUUAGGCUUUAGAAUAUGUGGUAUGAAAAUAAGGCAAAAUUCCGUGACAGAUUAUUUGUCUCAAGAUCAUUAUGAGAAUGACUUUAAUAAUUAUGUAUUCAUCAACAAAAAAUUUGGUAGAACAAGGACACAAAAAGAUAUCAAAGAUGCAUUUAAGUUGUAUUUUGGAGCAGAUACAUUGUCUAAAGAACGAAUAAGUUCCUUAUUGACCAUUUUCUUACAGAGGUUACAGUUAUUUUAUAACACCUUAUUGAAUCAAGAAAUACGAAUGAUUUCCUCUAGCUUGUUAUUCAUAUAUGAAACUGACUCGGAUCGUUGGGAUAUAUUAAAUAAUGAGGAUUCUAUGCUAAGAGAUAAUUUUUUGCAAUCCGACGAUGAUGAUGAUGAUGAUGAUGAUGACGAUGAAUAUGAAGGUGAGGACAACGAAGUGUUGACGGCCAAAAAUUCACGGUUAAAGCAUUCACAGUUAAGUUCUAUGUCAUUGAUAGAUUUCGCACAUUCUAAAUUUACGCCUGGGCAAGGAUAUGAUGAGAAUGUCAUAGAAGGUGUGGAAAGUUUGAUACAAAAAUUUAAGGAUCUCAUAGAAGAUCAUAAUGGCACGUUAUGA